AUGAAUCCUACAGGAGAAUCCGGCGAGAGUCUGGACACGUCCCCAGGGGAGCAGGUACAGUCGAAGUCGCGCAUCCUGCCAGGGAGCCGCACCGGCCCCCAGGGGCGCCCCAGGGACCCCGCUGACCGCACAGAGUCGCGCAUCCUGCCGGGGAGCCGCACCGGCCCCCAGGGGCGCCCCAGGGACCCCGCUGACCGCACAGAGUCGCGCAUCCUGCCCGGGAGCCGCACCGGCCCCCAGGGGCGCCCCAGGGACCCCGCUGACCGCACAGAGUCGCGCAUCCUGCCCGGGAGCCGCACCGGCCCCCAGGGGCGCCCCAGGGACCCCGCUGACCGCACAGAGUCGCGCAUCCUGCCAGGGAGCCGCACCGGCCCCCAGGGGCGCCCCAGGGACCCCGCUGACCGCACAGAGUCGCGCAUCCUGCCAGGGAGCCGCACCGGCCCCCAGGGGCGCCCCGGGGACCCCGCUGACCGCACAGAGUCGCGCAUCCUGCCCCGGAGCCGCACCGGCCCGCGGGCCCGGCCGCGGCUCCUCAUCCCGCUGCGUGACCCCGGCCCGGGCCGGACGCUGCCCGGACGCGCUGGCGGCCGCUCCGCGCGGGGCCGGGACGCGGGGCCAGGCGGGGCCGAGGCGGGCGGGCGCGCUCGUUGCCCCGGGGCUGCCGCCGGCGCCUUCCACGCGCGGCCGCCGCCCCGACUCCGGCCGCAGCUCCUGGAUCGGCGGCUCUCGGCCGGCCGGCCGGAAACUAACUCACGGAACGUGCCCUGCGCCGCGAUCGAUUGUGAGAUCGUGUUGCUGCCACCGUUGCCUUAG